CCUUUCUUUGUACAGUAUUUGUUUGAAGACUUCUUUUAGGCUCUAAAAUACCUACCUCAAGAACUAGUCUCUAUGAUAAGGCACAACUGUUCUAACAAAUGGGUUAUUUGUAUAUUUUCUUUACUCCUCUGCCAUUUUAUUCAGCCUUUUUGAAAAUGACCAGUGAAAGAAGGAAAUCCAAAAGAGAUCACCUAAAAACUGAAAAAAAAAAUGUUUUUUUGAGUGAGUUGAGACAGUGCCGCAUGACUAAAAUUAAUUACCCAAUUUCCGUUCUGUUACAACCGCAAAACAAACAAGGCAUUAAUUACACUGGUAAUAAAAACUGAGAAGAAUAAAAGCAAAGCUCGGCUUAUUUUCAUUCUGAGCGAAGGAGAAGUAAGCGUCGUGGGUAUGAAUAGCUCGUCAGAUUCUGGAAAGCAUCUGUACAACGUUUCCACAACAUCGCAUGUCGCGCUGGAAGUGAAGAUGGCGCACGAAUUGCUGGAGAGACCGGUUGGGGUGAUUGUGAUGGAGGCUGGGACUUUCCUUCUAGUCGCGGUAAUCGCCUUCCUGGGUAAUGCACUUAUCUGCCUUGCCAUGUAUCGUAACCGCAGCCUUAGGCGGGUGACGAAUAUCUUCGUGCUGAGCUUAGCGAUCUCUGACAUGUGUAUGGCAUGCUUCUGUAUGCCUGUCUCUAUUGGCAUUCUCAUGCGCGGAAAAUGGGUCUACUCUCAGUCUUCAGUGUGCGAGUUCCAAGCUUUCUUCAUAUACGUUCUCGCGGGAGUUUCCUUGUAUACAAUGGCAGUAACCGCGGCAAAUCGCUAAUACAAAGUCGUCAAGCCUCGAAUAUACCCCCAGUUGUUCACGAUGAAGCUAACCGUUGCUAUCAUAGUGACUGUUUGGAUUCUGAUUGGAUCCCUCAUCGGUGUUCUUAUGGGCAUCAAGUGGCUUCGUGUUAAAUACGAAUCCGCCAAAGCAUCCUGCGUCAUGUUUGCCGACCUUGGAACUAAACCGUUGACAUACGCAUAUCAAGUCUUCGCCUUCCUUGUCUUUUUCAUCAUCCCCUCAACAUUCAUCACUCGCUGUUAUCGUCAAGUCUUUAAAGCAGUUCGUCGACAUGAAGAGAACAUUGCGAAAACGUUAAAGAAUAGAUCGUUUGUUGGGAGCGCAGACGAAGUCAAGAUGACCAAGACGUUGUUUCUCGUCGUACUGGCGUUCGCAUCGUGCUGGUCUCCCGUGAUUGCAUACGAGAUGAUCUUAAUUUCAAGCAACAUGUUUGGGUUUCUUGAUCGCCUCCCGAGGCAAAUCCACCUUGUUUGGCUGUACUUUGGCACGCUUAGUAGUGCGGUCAAUGCGUUUAUUUACGGUGCUAUGAAUAGGGCGUUUAGGAGAGAGUUUAUCGCCAUUUUCACGUGCAAUAAGAGAACGCAAAUUACACCUUUCUCUGGUACUGUUACGACGCUUACCAACAUGGUGCGCUGA